AGCCGUAUGGUAAUUAUUAAGUAAGUAACCAAAUGAACACACUAAAUCUUUUCUGGCAUAAUAAUGCCCACCAAUAACCCCACUCACCUUUCACAAAAAGAGGCCCCAAAAAAUGAAAGCCCCUAGCCUUUUUGUUUUCUGGAGUGGGAAUGACAUGACACUCGGUCUAGAACUCCCACUCUCUCUUCCAACUUUCCUUUCCUUCCAUUUCCAUUUUCCCAGGAAAAAAAACCAAAGAACUUUCCUGGAAUCGUGCGAUGAAAGAGCUCUGCACCAUCAUGAUCCCCUCAUUUCUGGCUCUCCUUUCGGUUCUUCGGAAUGGGUAUUGCAAAUCUGACAUUACCGUCGGCUACAAGCUGCCACUCGCGAUUCCUGAAGAUUACGACCCUGGGUUUAUUGGUCGAGCCGUUCUUAUGGAGACUGACCAACCCGAACCCAGUUUCAAAGUCUUAUUGAGCGUCGAACCAAUUCUUGGGCGAUACUCUUGCUCCCUUGAGAUUUUUCUCGGUGAUGUCAAGGUCUGGAACUCCGGCCAUUACUCCCCAUUCUUCACCACCGAUGAGUGCGUCGGUGAGCUCACGAAAGACGGAGAUUUGCAGUUGAAGGGCUCCAAUGGCCGGCUAGGAUGGCGCUCUGGCACUUCUGCACAAGGUGUGGAGAGGCUGGUGAUUCUGAAGACAGGGAAUCUGGUGCUGGUGGACGCCAGCGACAGAGUGAAAUGGCAGAGCUUCAAUUUCCCGACCGACGUAAUGCUGUGGGGCCAGAGGCUCAACGUGGCCACUCGAUUGACUUCUUUCCCUUCCGCCUCCGCCACUGCCGCCGGCCCCAAUUCAACCGCAUUCUACUACACAUUCGAAAUUCACCGCAACCGGAUAGCUCUCCACCUGAUUUCCGGUAAAUUGAACUAUACCUACUGGGAAUUCAAGCCCUCAAUGAACCGGAACGUCACUUUCAUCAAACUGGCUACCAGAGCGUUGGAGGUCUACAACGACUUGAACCAGAAAAUAGCCCAGAUUGGGUCGAAUCGAAUCGAACCGUUACGGUUCUUGUCCAUAGGGAAUCGAACAGGAAACCUAGGGCUGUAUUUUUACUCCCCGGAGCAGCGGAAAUUCUCGGCCGCGUUUCAAUCGCUGAAAACGACCUGCGAUCUUCCUGCCGCGUGUAAGCCCUACGGCAUUUGCACGUCCGCCGGUUCGUGUUCCUGCAUCCAUCUCGCCGGCAGAGAUCCCGGAUCUUGCGGCGGAGAGAAGGCCGAUUUCGAGGGAGGAGGGGGAGGGUUCUGCGGCGGAGCGGGGGAGGAGGAAGUGGAGAUGGUGGAAUUGAGUGACGUCACCACGGUGCUGUCCGGUGCGCCAGGUAAGACUAACGUCAGCAAGGAAGGGUGCGCGAGAACUUGCCUGGAGGAUUGUAACUGCGUGGCGGCGCUGCAUUCUGCUUCUUCUGGUGGUGGUGGUGGUGGUGGCGGCGGAGGCGUGAUUGGUGGAUGUUAUGUUUAUGGGGUGGCGAUGGGGGUGAAGCAGGUGGCGGCGGCGGAGAAGGGGUUGAUGACUUAUAUGGUGAAGGUUAAGAAAGGGGGUUAUGGGUCGGGUCGUGGGAAAUCGGGUUUGAAGAGGUGGGUUUUGGUAGUGGUUGGUGUGGUUGACGGGUUUGUCUUAUUGGGGAUUGUUGGUGGUGUGGGGUACUACUAUUUGGUUCGAAGGCGGCGAAAGAACAGAGCUGCCGCGACGGCGGCGGGGGCAGGGGCGCCGGCUACCGAUACAAACAGAUAGCAUUUGGCCUUUUCUUCUUUCUUAGUGUUCAUGGGUUUUUCUUCCCUUUGCUUGUGGAGAGGAUCAAUUUUUUAGUGUUAGUUUCUACAGACAGAUUGAUACAAUUACAAUCCAUAUUUUUGU